AUGGUGGACGACGGGGAGCCUACCAUUCACAGAGGCAGCGGGAUCAAGAUCGGCCCUGUCACUCUUCCGCCAUGGCGUUCUCCAAUCGCUCAGGUUAUACUAACGGGUUUCGUCUGUUUCCUCUGCCCUGGAAUGUUCAAUGCGCUGAACGGCAUCGGCGGCGGCGGCCAACUCGAUUCGACGAUCAACUCGCACGCCAACACGGCUUUAUACACGACAUUUGCGGUGUUCGGGUUCACAGCGGGAACAUUCCUGAACUAUUUCGGCGCCAAGCUGACGUUGGCACUCGGCGGCUUCGGGUACUGCGUGUAUUCGGCGUCGUAUCUGUGCUACAACCACACGAAGAACGAUGGCUUCGUCAUCUUUGCAGGCGCGCUGUUGGGUGUCUGUGCGGGCUUUCUGUGGACCGCCCAGGGAACCGUCAUGAUGUCGUAUCCGACGGAGAAUGAGAAGGGAAGGUAUAUUGGACUGUUCUGGGGGAUUUUUAACCUCGGCGCGGUUAUCGGGUCUAUCAUUCCCCUCGCCAAUAAUUGGAACACGACGGAUAAUAAGGCCGUCAACGAUGGCACUUACAUAGGCUUCUUAGUCCUCAUGGCCUGCGGCGCUAUCCUCUCAUGGUUCCUCGUUCCUCCACAGCAUAUCAUCCGUAAAGAUGGCACGCGAGUACAGCGGGUUCAGCAUCCCUCAAUCAAGUCUGAGAUGAAAGGACUAUGGGAGACGUUGUAUACCGACCCAUACAUCCUACUGCUCUUUCCCUUCUUCUGGGCCAGUAACUGGUUCUAUACGUACCAACAAAGCUGCUACAACCUCUACAUGUUCAACACGCGCUCGCGCGCCUUCACGGGGCUCUGGUACUGGCUCGCGCAGAUCAUCGGCUCGCUCCUCUUCGGCUGGUUCCUGGACAACCAGUCGCUGACGCGGCGCCACCGGGCAAUCGCGGGGUGGACGCUCCUCUUCGUCCUAGUCCUCUCGAUCUGGGGCGGCGGCCUCAAAGCCGAGCUGGGCAUCUCCCGUCCGCCGAGCCCGGACCUGGCCGCAACCUGGUUCCGCGGAAUGGAUAUCUACGACAGUGACUUCACGUGGUACUGUCUGCUCUACGUGUUUUAUGGAGUCCUCGAUGCCACCUGGCAGACGUAUGCCUACUGGCUCAUGGGCGCGCUCUCGAACGAUCCGAGGAAGCUGGCGUAUUUCGCUGGUUUUUACAAGGGAAUCCAAUCCGCAGGCGCAGCGGUGGUCUGGGGCCUCGAUGGCUCGCACGUGCCCUACAGAGUCCUCUUUGGCACGUCGUGGGGAUUGUGCAUCGCCGGAAUGCUGUUCGCUGUCCCCGUCAUAUGGAUACGUGUUCAUGAUACGGAGAUUACGGAGACGGACUUUUUCGACGGCGGGAAGGUGGAGCAGCCGGCGGAUGAGGCGGCGGCGCAGGGGGAAAAGGCGCAGGGGGAAAAGACGGCGGUGGCUACGGAGCCUACUGAUGGUGCGGGAAGAAGGGAUGUGGUAUGA